AGUUUUUUGAAAGCCAUCAAAAGAGGAGCAUUGAUACAGUCAAAUCGAUUUGCGAGUAAUAAUUUUGAGUGUUUAACGUGGCUGUGCGAAGUUUUCUUAAAAUUUUAAUUUAUAAUCAAUCUUAGCAAAUUUUGGUGAAAGAAGUUUAUUGUAUGGUGAAAAUGCGGUGGAGCUUGUUAGCGUUAGUGUGCGUUGUCGCGGUGGUCUGCGCCGACGACAAGAAGGAGAAAGAUAAAGACAUUGGUACCGUGAUUGGUAUUGACUUGGGUACCACGUAUUCUUGUGUGGGAGUCUACAAAAAUGGCAGAGUAGAAAUUAUUGCCAAUGACCAGGGUAAUCGUAUUACACCAUCUUACGUAGCAUUCACAAGUGAUGGUGAGCGUCUCAUAGGUGACGCGGCCAAAAAUCAGCUCACCACCAACCCUGAAAAUACAGUGUUCGAUGCCAAACGUCUCAUUGGUCGUGAAUGGACGGACUCUACUGUACAACAUGACAUGAAAUUGUUCCCCUUCAAGGUGGUUGAAAAGAACAGUAAACCUCAUAUAGCUGUUAAGACUGCACAAGGUGAAAAGAUCUUUGCUCCUGAAGAAAUCUCAGCUAUGGUUCUCACAAAGAUGAAGGAAACUGCUGAAGCUUAUCUCGGAAAGAAGGUUACUCAUGCAGUUGUUACAGUUCCUGCUUACUUUAACGAUGCUCAACGUCAAGCAACUAAAGAUGCUGGUGUUAUUGCUGGACUUAACGUUAUGAGAAUAAUCAAUGAGCCUACUGCUGCAGCUAUUGCCUAUGGUCUUGACAAGAAGGAAGGAGAGAAGAAUGUGCUCGUAUUUGAUUUGGGUGGUGGUACCUUUGAUGUGUCUCUGCUUACCAUUGACAAUGGUGUCUUUGAAGUAGUUGCUACAAAUGGUGACACCCAUCUUGGUGGUGAAGACUUUGAUCAGAGAGUUAUGGAGCACUUUAUCAAACUUUACAAGAAGAAGAAGGGCAAGGACAUCAGAAAGGACAACCGUGCCGUGCAAAAACUGCGUCGUGAAGUUGAAAAGGCUAAGAGAGCUCUGUCAUCCAGUCACCAGGUUAAGAUUGAAAUUGAAUCAUUCUUUGAAGGUGAUGACUUCUCAGAAACUCUUACCAGAGCCAAGUUUGAGGAGUUGAACAUGGAUCUGUUCAGAUCUACUCUUAAACCCGUACAGAAGGUGUUAGAAGAUGCAGACAUGAACAAAAAGGAUGUUGAUGAAAUUGUACUGGUUGGUGGAUCUACCCGUAUCCCUAAAGUGCAACAGCUGGUCAAAGAAUUCUUCAAUGGUAAGGAACCAUCCCGAGGCAUCAAUCCUGAUGAGGCUGUUGCUUAUGGUGCCGCUGUCCAGGCUGGUGUUCUUAGUGGAGAACAAGACACUGAUGCAAUCGUGCUUCUUGAUGUCAACCCUCUGACAAUGGGUAUUGAAACAGUUGGUGGUGUCAUGACCAAGCUGAUCCCUCGUAACACCGUCAUUCCCACAAAGAAGUCUCAGAUCUUCUCUACUGCUAGUGACAACCAACACACUGUCACUAUUCAGGUAUAUGAAGGAGAGCGUCCCAUGACCAAGGACAACCAUUUACUCGGUAAAUUCGAUUUAACUGGCAUCCCACCUGCACCACGAGGCAUUCCCCAAAUUGAGGUCACCUUUGAAAUUGAUGCUAACGGUAUACUUCAAGUGUCUGCUGAAGACAAGGGUACUGGGAACCGGGAAAAGAUUGUUAUCACCAACGACCAGAACAGACUGACACCAGAAGAUAUUGAAAGGAUGAUUAAAGACGCUGAGAAGUUUGCCGACGAUGACAAAAAGCUAAAGGAGCGUGUCGAGUCCAGAAAUGAACUGGAAAGCUAUGCAUACUCAAUUAAGAACCAGCUGCAGGAUAAGGAGAAACUUGGUGCUAAGCUCAGUGAUGACGACAAAGCCAAAAUGGAGGAAGCUAUUGAUGCCGCUAUCAAAUGGCUUGAAGAUAACCAGGACACAGACGCAGAAGAGUACAAGAAACAAAAGAAAUCUCUUGAAGAUGUAGUUCAGCCAAUCAUUGCUAAACUUUACCAGGGUCAAGGUGGUGUACCGCCGCCGGGCGCUGGAGGAGAUGAUGAUGACUUCAAAGACGAGUUGUAACCUAACAGACUGUAAAAUGUGAUGUUAGCCAAAUGUGAUCCCAACUCACUACAGAAUAUUAACACGGUGUUGUCGUAUUAUCCCUAUAAAUUCCAAAAAUAAUUUAUUAAAUUUAGCUUCAAAUGUUAUUAACCUGACAUCACUAAUGUAGAUUUUUUAUACCAAGGCUGGCAACACCGAUGUGCAUAAUCUGUAACGAUGCAUGGAUACAAAGUGUAGCUGGUGUUGUGUAUAUUUAUUGGUGUGGAGUGCGUGCGUGUAUGCGUGUGUGCGAUGGUAACAACGUCGCCAAAUCUCGGUAGCAACGCUGGUUCGGGCUCGCCAUCGCGCACCUGUGUGCAAGGAAGUACGAAUGUGUUACGGCUGUAAAAAUUAUGCAUUUUUAUUUUUAGUAUAAUGGCAAUAGUAAAAAAAUUCUCUAAAGGGUCUUCCUCAUUUGUUGUUUCCACGACCCUGCAGUAUGUCUCUGCUCCACCUUUGAGACUACCUCUGUGUUGUAUAAUGUAUGUAAUUGUUUUUGAGACUGCUGAAUAAAUUGUUAGCUCGUAAUUAAUUAAUUAUGUAGUAAAUAAAAUAAUUUCAAUUGAAGUACGAAGGAGUACACAAAUAAAACAUUUUUCUAUU